GACCAAUCCACACAGUCACACACCCUCCCUCUCUCCCGCUCCCCUUUGACCGCCACCGGUCGAAUACUUGCUCGGCGGCGGGCAAGGAACUCGUGGGGAUUGGAAGAGGUUGCAAUUGUGGCUGAUGGAUCCCGUGGCGGCGGCAGCGCAAGGCGGCGGGCACCACUUCGCGCCGCCGGCGCUGUUCCACCCGUUCGGUCACUUACCGGGGCAGCACCCGGCGUUCCAGCAUUUCCAGGAGCAGCACCAGCAGCUGAUGAGCGGAGGAGGCCUGCCGGCGAAGGAGGAGUUCGUUGACGACAGCAACGCCAUCAACAGCGCGGGGAGCAACGGCAGCGGCGAGGGCGGAGGCUCGGAGCAGCAUGCCGGAGCGGGACUGGGAGGACGGCAGGGGCAGGCGGCGGGGGAGGAGCAGCCGCAGAUGGUGAUGCGGCGGCCCAGGGGUCGCCCGGCGGGGUCCAAGAACAAGCCCAAGCCGCCGGUGAUCAUCACGCGGGACAGCGCGAGCGCGCUGCGCGCGCAAGUCCUCGAGAUCGCCGCGGGCUGCGACGUCGUCGACAGCGUCGCGGGGUUCGCGCGCAGGCGCCAGGUCGGCGUCUGCGUGCUCAGCGGCGCCGGCGCCGUCGCCAACGUCUCCAUCCGGCAGCCCAGCGCGGGCCCCGGCGCCGUCGUCAACCUCGCCGGCCGCUUCGAGAUCCUCUCGCUCUGUGGCUCCUUCCUCCCGCCGCCGGCCCCUCCGUCCGCCACCGGACUCACGGUCUACCUAUCCGGUGGCCAGGGCCAAAUCGUCGGCGGCACGGUCGCCGGCGCGCUCGUUGCCUCCGGGCCCGUCGUCAUAGUGGCCGCCUGCUUCGGCAACGCCGCCUACGAGCGCCUCCCGCUCGACGACGACGAGCCGCACCAUCCACAGCCGCAGGGCCUGGGCGGGCAGUCCUCCCCGCCUCCACCACUGCCAUUGGCGGCACACCCUCACCAGCAGCCAUCUCUCGCUGACCAGCUCCCCCACAACCUCAUGAACGGCCUCCAGCUCCCCGGCAACGCGUACGGGUGGGCCGGCCCCGGCAGCGGCGCCGGCCGCGUGGCGCCGUACUGAUCAAUGGACAUGGAAGGAAACAAGCAAGCAAGCGCGCGGCCAUCGCCAUGCAGCAUGGUUGAAUCGAUCGAAGCUAAGAGUUUAUUAAUCUCCCUCGCCUCUGCUAUAAUUACCCUCUUCUUGUGCUGUUUCCGUGGUGUAACGAAUCUGCCUUGCAAGUCGCAAGGGGAUCGAUGGAUGGUCAAUUACUGCUGUAGUAGAGUAAUUCUCUUAGUGCUUGGUACUGUUAAGCGGUGGUUAAUUUUCUUUCACUAUUACCUCUAAGCAAUGCAUGCAUCUUUAGGAGAGGAGAUUAGUAGUAGUACCAGCAGAAGUAAUGAAGCUUUUAUAAAUUAAUUAAUUGAUUAAUAUGUCUCUAUCAGUCUUUCUCUUUGUCUCAAUCGAUCGAGAGUUUUAAUCUGGACAAAAAUCAAAUGGAACCUGCUGCAUGCGUAUUUUAUGGAGAAUGAUGGGCGAGUUCGUUGUGGUUCUCUUGGCGUUGUUCAAUUCAUACCGUGCAGGCAGAUGCGUCAAAGGCAGUGCAGUGGAUGGAUGGACGUACGGGUGUUGCCUGGUAUCACAUGAGCAACCACUUCACUAACGAACGAGACGACCUCGCUCCGGCCGGCCGGCCGGCGCCUCUGUUCUCGUCCGGUUUGGCUCUUAUGUUCUCGUCCGGUUUGGCUCUUAUGGAGAAGCAGCUAGCACACAACCAUUUCAACGCACACUACAACACCAGCUAUAUUUUAUGUUGUCUCAACUGUGAAACCGGAUCGGAGGUUCAUAAUUGUUGUGAUCUUGUUCGCAACCUAGA